AUGCUCAGGAAUCCACAAAGUCUGGACCGUCUGGUCCCAUCUGAGAACCUGGAAGACAACAAAAUUAUGCCACGGAUCAGACUGCCAUAUGCCUGGAAGUUUGCUAAUGGGCCGCAGCCCCUGCCGCCGCGGACCCCGCAAACCCUCCACCCUCCGCCCCGGGGCCGGAGGCUCCGUUCCCCCGGCUCGGGGCUCCCGGGUGCGGGUUCCCGCCCCCUGGGCGCGGCCCGCUGGCUGCGCAGGCGCACUCGGGGCCGCCGCCCGCCCCGCGCCGCGGCGGGGCUCUCCCGGGCCGCCUCCGUUCCCUUGGCAACGCCGUACACAAGUGCGAGCCCCGGCGGCGCGCGAUGUGCUUCGGCAAAUCGGACGGUGGGUAACUACUCCUUUGGAACACGUCAGCAGAGGCAGCUCUUUCCUCUCUACCACCCCCCAGAUUUGACUGGGAACAAGUUUCUUCCCCUUAGGGGAUCGCCCCACAGAGGACCUGGGUGUUACGUGUCAGAUAGAUAUGACUUGGCGUACAACCUGUCUAAGAUCCCAACCAGUAUAAAAGGAUAUGCUUUGGGAGCCAGAACAGCUGUGAGAUUUAAGCCAAUCGAGAAGGAUAUGACACCCUAUCCAGGCAUGUACCAGAGAGUAAGCCCUCGGGAGGAAAAACACAAACAAAGUUUUGCCCCAUUUAAUGCCUUGGUGCCUCGAUUUAGAAAACAAGCAAAGGAUCCUUCUUAUCCCGGCCCUGGCACUUACUACCCAGAGAGGAGGCCACCCCCCAAAAUUGCUUGGCCAAUGAGAUUUGGAUCUCCAGACUGGGCUCAGGUUCCAUGUCUACAAAAAAGAACCCUAAAAGCUGAGCUGUCCACAGAUAAAGACUUUAGAAAGCACCGGAACCGUGUGGCCUACUUAAGCCUGUAUUACAACUGAGCAACGGUGACAACCUUCACGUGCUCCUCCUGAACACAGCAUCUCCAGGAUUGGGGACAGAGCUGCUCUUCUGCGUUACUGUGGCCCUCUUGUCUGCCAGCACGGGGGCCCAGGGAGGGGCAGGGACUCAAAACUUCUGUAUGAGAGCAUAAAGACUGGUACAGAGUGCUAGCUCCA